AACACUGCGCUGAAUUUCCGAUGUAAAAUCCAGUUUCACCGCCUCGUUUCUGACAGGCCUGCUUCGAACUGAUCUUUUUUUCUGUGGACGCAUCAUGAAGUCUCGCUAGAAAAGACAGAAGAAACUGAAAGAGGUUUUUAACACUGCCGUGAAAUUGUUUUGAAAUGUACCCGUCUUCCUGUGACACCUUCGUGGCUCUUCCUCCUUCCACUGAGGGACAACGCAUCGUUUUUGGAAAAAACUCUGACCGGCCUGAUGAUGAGGUCCAGGAGGUGGUUUAUUUUCCUGCAAAAAACUACAAUGCCGGGGAGAAGGUGGAGUGCACGUAUAUAGCGAUAGAGCAGGUUGCCCAUACAUAUGCUGUCGUACUGAGCAGGCCAGCGUGGCUUUGGGGGGCAGAAAUGGGUGCAAAUGAGCAUCAAGUGUGUAUUGGAAAUGAAGCGGUGUGGGGCAGAGAGAGUGCCGAUGGAGAGGAGGCUCUUCUGGGCAUGGACCUUGUCAGGCUUGGACUUGAGAGAGCCCACACAGCCGAGAAGGCGGUGGAAGUUAUAACGAAGCUGCUGGAAAAAUAUGGCCAGGGAGGAUCCUGCAUGGAGGAUGAGUGCGGCUUCACCUACCACAACAGCUUCCUCAUCGCGGACAGAAAAGAGGCGUGGCUGCUGGAAACGUCAGCCAGAUACUGGGCGGCGGAGAGAGUGGAAGGCGGAUAUCGCAACAUCUCCAAUCAGUAUGGAAUAACGACAAAAAUAGACAAGGAGCAUCCGGGAAUGAGAGAAUACGCGAGAAGGGAAGGCUGGUGGGACGGAAAGAGCCAGUUCAACUUUGCUGCCGUCUACUCCUUUAUGCCUACAGCCAGAAUAGAAGCUUCUGGGAGCCGGUACUGUGAAGGGAAGAAGUUGUUGGAAAAACACAAUGGUCACAUUAGUGCUGAGACAAUGAUGGACAUCUUGAGGGAUAAAGAUAGCGGCAUCAACAUGCACGGAGGUGCGUUUGUGACCACAGGAAGUAUGGUGUCUGUGAUACCCGUGAAUCCUGCUUUGCCGGGAAUUCAUUAUUUUACAGCCACUCCAUAUCCAGAAAGGUCUGUAUUCAAACCGUUCAUCUUUGUGAGGGACAUUAAACAGUUGAAGCAGACAUGCUCUCCCACUUACGGUUCAGAUGACCCAGUGAAGAAGAAACCGCGAUUCCAGAGCAAGCCGGACCGCAAACACCAACUGUUCAUCAAGCAUGAACUGGCAGCUGCCAUCAUCAGUACCCACAAGGAGAAAAAACAAGAACACAAGAUUAUGCAAAAUAUGAGGCAGCUAGAGAAGGAGAAGGUGACUGAGAUGGAGAAGAUUCUUUCAGACGGCAUAGAGGAAGAAGCAUUUCUGGUCAAUCUGUUCUCGAGGUCGGUCGAUGAGGAGAUGGCGCUGUACGGAAAAAGCUGAGAGGACUAGAAC